AUGAUGAUAGCUCAAUUCCGACCGCUCACAACCCAAACCGCCGCCGUUUCCCACCUCGCCGCCCCUCCAUCCGCCGGCGACGCCGGCCUCAAGUUCCGUCAAAAGCUCAUCUACCUCAAAUCCAUCAAAGUAAACCCCACCAAAGCCCUCCGCAUAAACCCUAAUCUCCGUUCAGCCCCAAUCUCCGCCAUCCACUCCGUCACGCGAUGCCUCUCCUCGAUGGGCAUCGACCUCGCCGCCGCCGGCCGGAUUCUCGACAUGUUUCCCCAGCUCCUCACCGCCGAUCCCUACUCCGACGUCUACCCAAUUUUCGAUUUCCUUCUGCACGCCGUCCGAAUACCCUUCCCCGAGGUCCGAAAAUCCAUAACCCGGUGCCCUAGAAUCCUCGUAUCGGACCUCGAGGCUCAAUUGAAGCCUACGUUCGAGUUCCUGACCGAAUUUGGCUUCGUGGGCCCGGAUAAGCUGACGGCCCAGACGACUCUGCUGCUUGUCUCGAGCGUGGAGUCUACUCUGAAGCCAAAGAUUGAAUUUUUAGUCGGGUUAGGGUUCGAAUACGAUGAUGUAAGGGAAAUGGUGCUUAGGUUGCCGGGGCUGUUGACGUUCAGCGUGGAGAAUAAUUACCGGCCAAAAUUGGAGUAUUUCUUGAAGGAGAUGAAUGGGGAUUUGGAAGAAAUCAAGAAAUUUCCUCAGUAUUUUUCAUCCAGCUUGGAGAGGAAGAUCAAGCCUCGACACAGGCUUCUGCUCGAUCAUGGCUUUGUCAUGUCCUUACCGGAGAUGUUGAAAGUUAGCGAUGGGGAGUUCAAUGUCCGGUUGAUAGAAAGGCGCCUGGAGAUGGCGGAUCAGUGGAUGACGACGCAAUCGUAG